ACACAUGUACAGGUCAGAGGGGUAGCCGGGGUUUUGGACGCCGGGUAGCUUGUCAAAUGAAAUCCUUGCAGUUGUUGGGCAGUUUCUCUCACACACAUUUUUCACCACAGAGGACGAGACUCGACGGACAAAGACACCGACCGGCAUGUCGUACUGCAGGCAAGAGGGUAAGGAUCGCAUCAUCUUUGUGACCAAGGAAGACCACGAGACACCCAGCAAUGCUGAGCUCAUUGCAGAGGACCCAGAUGAUCCUUAUGAGGAACAGGGCCUGAUCUUGCCAAAUGGAGACAUCAACUGGAACUGCCCGUGCCUGGGCGGCAUGGCCAGCGGGCCGUGUGGCUCUCAGUUCAAGGAGGCCUUUUCCUGCUUCCAUUACAGUAAGGAAGAGGUGAAGGGCUCCGAGUGCAUCGAUCACUUCCGUAACAUGCAGGAGUGCAUGCAGAGGUACCCUGAGCUCUAUCCUCAGGAGGAAGAUAAAGAAAGUUCCACCCAGGCAGAGUCCAACUCUGGUUCUGUUUCCACCGCCCCAACUGAGGGCUCUGCCUUACCCCCUGAAAUUGAUUCCACCCCAGCCACUUCAACAUCCGAGUCGGCUGUCUCAUCCGACAGCACGUCACCUACAGACGACCAGACUGCCAGCUAAGGUCAAUCAGUUGUCACCCAGGCUCUUGUUUUCUGUGUGCGAGCACUGCCCAGCAUAAGACUCUCCACGAGGAGCUCUGAUUGGUCUCUUCUCCUGUUUAAGCUGACAGAGAGCGCUUACUGACACAGCUCUGGCGCUCAUGAACAAGGAUGUUGUGAAUGCAGAGAAACGUAGCAUAUUUACAGAAGUAUAGGCUGCUUUGUUUGCCGAGCACUCAAACAUCACUCAGUAAUAUGGUUUAAUGACAGCUGGCCAAGCAAUUUGCUGCAGGGACAUUAGCUGAAAGACUCACUUGAUAUGCCAAAGGACUUUAAUUUGCUGCAUGUUCUCUUGUCAGUCAGAAGAGCAGUUACUUGGCGUGCAUGUUUCCCUGUUAAUGUCAACUGGUCAGGAACAUCACUUAGCACUGAUUUAUCUCUAAUAAUUUAAUUAGAAAAAUCUAAUCAGGUAUCACUUUAUUCUUCUAAUUUAAGCAAUGCUCGGCUUUUUUUUAGGAAUCUUCCUUUCACUCAAGACAGUUUUAACUCUUAAACUGUUGAUUCCAUUUGCUUUCCACCACUUCAGAGACCAAAACACAAAUAAAUGGUAAGAAAACAAGGCUACUGUUACAUGUUCUGUUCGGUGAACAUUUAUAUGAAUAUUAGAUACUUCAGGUUCUCCAUCUUCAUCUGUUGCUGUAUGAAAAACGGUCAUAAUUUUUGUUAAUUGACCCUGUAUCUGGCCUAGACCACUGCGUAAAUGUUUAUAUUGUCUUUAACACUGUCUAAUCUCCAGUUGGAUUCUGUGGUCACCACUCAAUGUUGUUCAAGCCUUAAAAUGGUUUUCCUCAGACAUGUCCAGAUUAAAAUGAUGAUCGAACAA